AUGUCUUGUUUAUCGCCGCACUUUAACACAUUCUCAACUCUUAUCCCUAUCCCUAUCCCUAUUCCUACACAACGCCAUCAUCAUAUUAUUCUUCAAUCUAAAUUAAGACGCAAUUUCUAUUUACGCCCGCACUGUGUUCUGUCUCCUUCCGCACCAUCAACCGCACUUCUUGAGUUCGAUGAUAAUCACUUCCAUGCUGCAAACACACCUUGGUCCUAUGUCACUUCUCAGGAAAACUUUAGAGUAGCCACUUCUGCGGAAUCGCUUCUUACUAAUGAAGACGCCGUAAUAGCUGCUGCUGCUUCUGAAGCGCUUGCUCUCGCCAAAGCGGCUGCAAAACUUGCAAAGGAUGCGGCUCUAUUAGUGAAAGACAAACCCCCACAACAACAACAACAACCGGUGUUUAGGCCACAACUUCCUUCCACAUCUGAAAAUUUACUUCUCAAAUGGCUUCGACAUAUGGAAGCACAAGAUGCUGUAGCUGAAGGACCGCAAAUAUUGGAAGAUGUUGGCACUAGCUCAAGCCAAGAGGAGGAGUUGGACGAAGAGGAUCCUACCUCGGAGGAACUUGAAGAAGUCGAGGAAGAACUUUCCGGUAGUAUAGAUGCAAGAUCUGGCCGCCAAACAGAAAGAAAAGCCAGAAGAGUCAGGGCAUCUGCCAAGGCUGCCACUAAUUUCGUGUCCUUUAAGUGUGGACCCAUCCGUAGAAAAAAGCGUGCUCAGACAAAAGACAUUGACUUUUCUGAUCCACUUCGUUGCUUAAGAGCUACAACCAGAUCUUCAAAGCUUCUUACUGCAUCGGAAGAAGUUAAGUUGUCUGCAGGAAUACAGGAUCUGCUAAUGCUCGAAAAACUUCAAGAGGAUCUUGCAGAAAAAUGUGGUGGCCCGCCCACGUUUUCUCAAUGGGCUACAAUGGCAGGAGUAGAUCGGAAGACCCUAAGAAAACGAUUAAAUUAUGGUGUACAUUGCAAAGAAAAAAUGGUUAAAAGCAAUAUACGACUUGUCAUAUCAAUUGCUAAGAAAUAUCAGGGAUCUGGGUUGACUCUGCAAGAUCUAGUCCAGGAAGGGUGCCGCGGCCUUGUAAGAAGUACAGAGAAGUAUGAUGCUUCUAAGGGCUUUAAGUUCUCAACCUAUGCUCAUUGGUGGAUUAAACAGGAAGUUCGGAAAUCCCUUUCUGCCCAGUCAAGAAUUAUUCGCUUGCCAUUCCACAUGGUGGGGGCAACUUACAAAGUGAAGGCGGCAAGAAAACAGUUGUUCAAUGAAAAUGGAAGACAACCAGACGAUAAAGAAAUUGCUGAAGCAACUGGGCUGUCAAUGAAGAGGCUUCAUGCUGUUUAUUUGACCCCAAAAGCUCCGAGAUCUCUAGAGCAGAAAAUUGGGAUCGACCAGAGUCUUAAACCUUUAGAAAUACUUGCUGAUCCAGAAGCUGAAACACCUGAAAAACAUCUGAUUAAGCAGUUAUUGAAAAAGGACAUAGAAAAGGUACUAGACAGCCUGCAUCCAAGAGAGAAAGAGGCGAUUAGAUUGAGAUAUGGUUUGGACGAUGGAAGGCUGAAGACAUUGCAAGAGGUUGGGGAAAUGAUGGGCGUUAGUAGGGAGAGAAUUAGACAACUUGAGUCACGUGCUUUUAAGAGCCUUAAAAACAAGAGUAGAGCCAAACAUUUGGAGCACUAUAUAAAUUUAUAA